AUUUAAUAUAUAGAAAAAUAUCAUAAAUGAUCAAAGAAUAUGAUUAUUUGUUCAAAUUAGUCAUAAUUGGUAAUUCUGGUGUUGGAAAGAGUUCUUUAUUAUUGAGAUUUGCUGAUGAUUAAUUUAGUGAGUCUUAUUUAACAACAAUCGGAGUAGAUUUUAGAUUCAGAACUCUGCCUAUAGAUAACAAGAAUGUGAAAUUGUAGAUUUGGGAUACUGCAGGAUAAGAGAGAUUCAGAACGAUUACAAGUGCAUAUUACAAGGUUAUAAAUUAGUUAUUAUAAUAAGGGAGCAGAUGGGAUCGUUAUGGUAUAUGAUGUCACCUAAGGAUAAUCUUUUGAUGAUAUAGAUAAAUUUUGGUUACAUGAAGUUGAAUCAUAUGGAGAAAAGAAUGUGUAAUUGUUGGUGAUAGGAAAUAAAAAUGAUUUGGAUGAACAGAAAUAGUAAGUUUAUUUAAUAUCUUUAUAUAAGAGUUGAUAGUGCAAAAGCAUAAGAGUAUUGUAAAUCACAUAAUAUGUUAUUUAUGGAAUGUAGUGCAAAGACAGCAGAUCAUGUAAAUAAUGCAUUUCUUGAACUCUCGAGAAAAUUGAUGGCGAAAAAAGAUGCAUCUCAACCACAAAAAACUUAAAACACUACACCAAGUGGUUCUCAAUCAUCUUAGGCUAAAUAAGGAGGGUAUCAUUUCUUUAUUUAAUUUUUAUUAGAUCAUAUAAUACAAACACAUCAUAAACUAAACUUAGUGCUAAUACAUCAAACCAGAAGAAGCAGAAGGAUGGAGGAUGCUGUUGAAUAUUCUAAUCAAAAU